AUGGAGAACAGUUCCUCAUCUGAAGGAAGAGAUCCGUCAGCCUUCCUUGGUGAAAUAAUUGGUGCUCCAGUUACAGUAAAGCUAAACUCAGGUGUUGUCUACAAAGGCGAACUCCAAUCAGUAGAUGGUUACAUGAAUAUUGCCCUGGAGAGAUCCGAAGAAUUUGUGGAUGGCAAAUUAAAGCGAAGUUAUGGAGAUGCUUUCAUUCGAGGAAAUAAUGGUCUGUCAUGCAUUCAGUCAUUUCUCGACCCUCCGUCUAUACUAAUGAACCUAGUGCUUUAUAUCUCAGCGCAAUGA